UAGGUGAGAAGCGCGCAAGUUACCGGUUUCGGUUACGGAAUUGAUUCCCUCCUUCUUCGUCUAUCCUUCACGUGCCCCUCAAUUCUCCGCCAGGAAUCCAUAACGCUUGUCUUUUUACAUAACCAUUAAUCUCUCACCUUCUCUCCAGCCUUCAUCGUCCAUGGAUUCUGUAUCCCCCGAUCCUCGCCUCUCCCCCUCCCAACCCUUCUCCGAUCGAAUCCUCCGCGCUCUCCGCCACCCUCUCCUCCUCCUCCACCGUUCCCAUGCCUCCUUCUUCAUAUUGGGCGCCACCGCCAAUGUCUACACCGUCACUCUCUCCUCCCUCCCCUCCUGCACCUGUCCCGACCGCACCACCCCUUGCAAGCACAUUCUUUUCGUCCUCAUUCGGGUUCUCGGCCUCCCCCUCGAUCACUUCUGCCUUCGCCGCCGAACUAUCCGCCCCUCCCAACUCCGCCGCCUCCUCGACCUCCCUACCUCGCCGGACUCCCUCGCCGGGGCCGCACUUCGCGAGAGAUUUCACCAGCUUUUCUUCAGUGGAAGACAGGAACCCAGUAUAGAGAUGGAGGAUGGGACCACUUGUCCGAUUUGUCUGGAGGAAAUGGGGAAGGAUGACAAGGUCGUCGCCUGUGGAACGUGUCGGAAUCCAAUUCAUGAGGAGUGUUUGGUGAAGUGGAAGAGAAGCAGGGGAAGGAGAACGGCUAGUUGUGUGAUUUGCAGGGCAAGAUGGAGGGGCAUGAAUGAUCAAGAUCAGUAUCUAAAUCUCUCUGCUUACAUUAGUCAGAACAAUAUGGCCGAGACCAGUGGAGGUCCCUGCACUGGUUAAUUCUGUAUAUUGCUUUGUUCAUGCCUGUGUUAGAUGGUGAAAAUGCAGAUUUGUAGGAUAACUCAUUCUUAAAUUCAUGAUCAAUGUAAACUGUAAGAAAGACGAGAAAUUGUUUCUA